CCUUUUGUGGGAACCACAGCUUGAGAUUUUCUAUAAAUUAGCUUCUCUCUUCCUUCUCAUAAUACUCAGGCAGUAUUCCUUGCUUAAGAGAGAAAAUGGAAGCAGGUCCACUUUUAGUCUAUGUGCUUAUAGCUACUCUCAUUCUUCAGUUCUCUACCCACAUAAAUUCUAGCUCAGCCACUAGACCCGUACCUAGCAACACAAAUACCCAAUACAUCAGAACAUCAUGUAGCAACACGACCUAUCCAAGAUUGUGCUACCGGUCCCUCUCAAUCUAUGCAAGCGAAAUCAAGACCGACCCCAAAUUACUAGCCAACGCUGCUCUUAACGUUACCCUUAAAGCCACCGAAUCAACAUCAAGAUUGAUGAAGAAUAUGUCAAGAAUCCAUGGAUUGAAGCUUAGAGAGACUGUAGCUAUAAUAGAUUGUGUGGAGGUAGUUGGUGACUCAGUGUAUGAGCUGCAAAGGUCUAUUGGGGAGAUGGGUCAUGCUGGAGAAUCAAAUUUUUAUCAAGUAAUGGCUAAUAUACAAACAUGGGUUAGUGCAGCCUUAACAGAUGAUGAUACCUGUAUGGAUGGAUUUGCUGGAGAGUCCAUGAAUGGAUAUGUGAAGACUGUUGCUAGGAGACACCUAUUGAAAAUUGCUCAUCUGACUAGUAAUGCCUUGGCUCUUAUCAAUAACUAUGCUUCUUCUCAUACCAACUUAAAAUAAUGUCGAAGUCCUUGUAUUGUAUGUCUCCUUCUUGUUGUUAGUUGAGUUUCUGGGGAACCCACUUCUCAGGAGAGCUCAAGUAAGAGAAAUUUUAGCCUUAAUUAGUUUGGGUCAUCCUUUCCUGCAAUUAUUGAUGAGACUCUUCUUCUAGUUUCAAUACUUGGCGAGUAUGGUUUGGUACCCCCACAUAUCAGUUGGUUCAGUUGUCCCUCAAGUCAAUGGAAUUGAAAGUGAGGCUAAGGAAUGGGCAAUUGCUUGAGGUUUCUUUGGGUUGAUUUUUAAGUAAAACUGUAAAUUUUUCUGUCAUGUUUUAUGCUGUGCAAAAUAUACUUUAUGUGCAUCUGUAACCAUAUGAAAAUUACUUUACCAUGAAAAACAAAAUUCCUAUGUA